GGAUAUCUUUGAGUGUCGCACCUGUGGUUUGCUGGAGUCUCUCUGCUGCUGCACAGAGUGUGCAAGGGUGUGCCACAAAGGGCACGACUGCAAGCUGAAGAGGACCUCUCCCACAGCUUACUGUGACUGUUGGGAGAAAUGUAAAUGUAAAACGCUGAUCGCCGGCCAGAAGGCUGCUCGCCUGGAUCUGCUGUACAGGUUGCUCACAACAACUAACCUGGUCACCACACCAAACAGCAGGGGAGAGCAUAUAUUACUGUUCCUGGUGCAGACUGUUGCCAGGCAGAGUGUCGAACACUGUCAGUACAGACCACCACGCAUCAGAGAGGAUCGGAACCGCAAGGCUGCUAAUGCAGAAGACACCGAUAUGCCAGACCAUGACCUGGAACCUCCACGCUUUGCUCAGCUGGCUCUGGAGAGGGUCCUGCAGGAUUGGAAUGCCCUCAAGUCUAUGAUCAUGUUCGGCUCUCAGGAGAAUAAAGACCCACUUAGUGCCAGCAGCAGAAUUGCUCACCUCCUGCCUGAGGAGCAGGUCUACUUGAAUCAGCAGAGUGGCACCAUUCGCCUGGACUGUUUCACCCACUGCCUCAUCGUCAAGUGUGCUCCUGACAUCACUUUCAUAGACACCUUACUGGGCACUCUGGUGAAGGAGCUGCAGAACAAGUACACUCCAGGCCGGAGAGAGGAGGCCAUCAAUGUCACCAGGAGGUUCCUCCGCUCUGUGGCCCGGGUGUUUGUCAUCCUCAGUGUGGAGAUGGCCUCAUCCAAGAAGAAAAACAAUUUCAUUCCCCAGCCCAUUGGGAAAUGUAGACGAGUUUUCCAAGCUCUGCUGCCCUACGCAGUGGAGGAGCUGUGCAAUGUAGCAGAGUCGCUGAUUGUUCCCGUGCGAAUGGGUAUAGCCAGACCUACGGCUCCGUUCACUUUGGCCAGCACCAGCAUCGAUGCUGUUCAGGGCAGCGAGGAGCUCUUCUCUGUGGAGCCGCUGCCUCCCAGACCCUCACCUGACCAGUCCAGCAGGUCAGUUAGUGUCCUGUCACAUAGACUCCCAUGA